UGAAACAUUUUGCUCUGAAGUUCAUCCACUGACAAAACUCGCCCCCUCGUGGACUACAACGAUAGAGUCGAAAUAAACCAAUCAGAUGCGUGAAAACUCGGAGCGGACAGACUUCCAUGACGGACAGUUGUCCGUGAUCUGCUCUAUUUUUGCAAAGGGUUUAAUACAUUAAGUGAUUCGAGUUCGCUCAAACCUACAAGAAUCGUCGAAGGAAACGACAAAGAAUAACAUCACGCUUCAUGCAACCAAAUAUAUCACCACUGACAGUAGGCUACGAAAUCAAUCAAAGCAUCGGAGAGCGAGGAUAGACAGCAGACGCGCGUGUAUAUGUUGACAUGCUGACGCUGGUUAGUCCAAACGAGCAGGUUAUUCCAAUUGCAUCAACGUAAUGUAUAUGAACGAUUCAAAUGCUUCGGUUUGUGCGUGCUUUAGUGUGAUGAAAGCUCCAGUGGGUGUCAGAAUGAUGAAGAUGCGACACCUGUAACCUGCACAGCGGAGUCACGUGCCAAUAAGUCAGCUAUUUCGCUUCAUGCCCUGACAUGUUAAGGAGCAAGAGGGGAGGAGAUAAAGGACCAGAAAAACUGGUAAGCAGCUGGGACACAGAGAGAGUAUGUGAAAGGAGGAGGAGAUUUCAGCCCGGCCAGAAAAACCAUUAGACCUCUGUGGAGGAUGAAAUACAUUUGAGGUGAAAUUCAGAUUUUCAUUGAGGAAACAUAAAGGGAAAAGAAGAUACAACAUGUGUCGAAGGCUUCUAACUAGCAGAAUGACUUGGACUAACGACAUUGCAAAACACAAACACACCUGCGGUCAACAGUCAUCUAAGGACACUAUCUCUGACUCACAAUCCAGCAGAUCUUUCAAUACCAGACAUUUGCAUACAGCCCAACAGAGCCAUCUGCUUUUUCUGUGCUAACUGCCAUGCAAGCAUUGAAAAUCCCAAGAGUAUAUACUUCAUUUGUUCUAUGUAGGACUAUGGAAGAAGGUACAUUGUCAUGGUUCGUUCCGGUUCGUCUCCAGAGGGCCAGAUGAGGGGCAUGUUACCCAGCUUGUUACGGGGCCGGCAGUUCUACUGCCGUGAAUGGGCCCUUGAGAAGUUACAAAGAUGGCUAGAGGCACGAGAUCCCUCCAAGGGAGUGGAGGGAAAGGUCCAUGCCCCUCCAGGUGUGCUAGUGACCGGCGGCCCGGGUACCGGUAAGACUGCCCUCUGUACAGAGUUGGUUUGGCCCCAGUCAGAAGCAUGUAGGGCAGCAGGUUUGGCAUCACGGUGUCUGGCCUGGCACUAUUGCCAGCGGGAGGAUGCUGGCAGUAUUGAAGUGUGGAAAUUUGUGUUGGGGCUGGUUGAACAACUGAAGGAGAGCCCACUUCUCGGACCAAACUAUGCAAAAGUGAUAAGAAGUCCUGCCAUUGCUGCUGUCCUAGAGCCCAUUCACUGCCAAAGAGCACCUGAUGACACGUUUAAAAGGGCAAUAUUAGAGCCCCUCUUGCUCUUGACACCACCGCCUUACAGUGUGUUUAUAGUGGUGGAUUCACUGGACUCGGGGUGUUGUGGAGGUGAUGGUGUUGGAGAGGGGUUGACAUCAGGAGAUGGGGCCACUCAGAGUUUCUCUAUUGUAGAGCUUCUGCUCAAAUACGUACAACUCCUGCCCCCUUGGAUCUUGCUAAUCUGCUCUGCACGUCGUCAGAACAAAGCUAUUUGCAAAAUGUUCUCAGGGUUUCGGAGGUUGUGUCUGGAUGACUUAAGAAAACCUGCAACUGUACGAGACUUACAGCAAUAUAUCCUGCGGAGACUUGAUCGGGAUGGGGCUCUAAGAAGACAGCUUACACCAGAGACUGCUGAAAUGCUUAAUCUUUUGCAUAUCAAGAGUGGUGGAUGCUUUUUGUUUCUUGAACGGGUUCUAGAUGGUGUUGCUCAAGGUCUAGUAGGACUAAGAGAAAUUCGGGACAUUCCAGGCACUCUGAAUGGCCUUUACCUUUGGCUCUGUCAAAGACUCUUUCCUCGAAGUCUGUUUGUCCAUAUCAGGCCUUUGCUGAAUAUCCUUUUGGCAUCUCCACAACCUCUAACAGCUGAGCAGCUCUACACUAUUGCCAGAAGCCGUAACUCUUACCUUGGGCUUGGAGACUUUCAGUCACAGAUGGUAGCUCUGGCAUCUUUGUUUGUAGAUGGCCCUGAGGGCAGUAAACUCCUCUUUCACAGUAGCUUUGCAGAAUGGUUAACUGAUGUUAAAUACUGUACACAGAAGUUUCUGUGUUGUCUUAAGGACGGUCACCUUUCUUUGGCCAUGUCCCUCUCUUUUCGAGCCAGUAGUUUGGAUACAGAAGAGACUUGCCACCUGGCCUACCACCUCCUUAAUAGUGGAGUUCAUACAGAGAAACCAGCCCUUCUGGAAUUGUGGUUGCUAUGGACUGGGGUUCCAGCUCUAAGUAGUGGCAGAAAUGAUGUGCCACCACCACCUCAUACUUCUCAAACACCUGUUUUGGUUCAGCAAGAUGUACUACAGCUCUUGAGGAAAAGUGGAAUUUACUCUGCAAACUGUUCUCAAAACAAUACCUCUAGUGUGAGGGUGCACUGUGUUGGGGGAAGAGGCAGGAUUGUACGGCAGGCAUUGCAGAGGGAGGACUCUGUGAGAGCACUUCUUGACAGUGGUGUCAGUGUGAACCGUACAGACCCAUUAGAUGGACGGACUUUAUUAGCAGCUGCAGCUCAUGCUGGACUUGCUGAUGUAGCUAGAUUGCUGUUAUGCCAUGGGGCAGACCCUUCACUGAAUGACAGUCAAGGGCAGACAGCCCUAACUCUUGCUUCCAGACAAGGCCAUGUGGGUGUACUGCAGGUGUUGCUGGAAUGGGUCCAGGAGCAAGGGAUCAAAAGUCCUGUUGCACGAGCCCUGCUGGAGCAUGCAGACAGUGAAGGAUGGACUGCAUUGCGUUCAGCUUCAUGGGGUGGCCACAAGGAAGCUGUGAGUCUCCUUCUGGAAGCAGGGGCAGAGAUUGAUGGCUGUGAUUCAGAUGGACGAACAGCCUUGCGUGCAGCGGCUUGGGGAGGACACGAGGAAAUAUUACUAACCCUUCUUGAUCAUGGUGCUGAGGUAGACCAUUCAGACCGUGAAGGUCGUACUCCACUAAUAGCUGCAGCUUACAUGGGUCAUAAAGAGGCAGUGCAGAUCAUGCUGGAUGCAGGUGCUGAUGUCAAUCUUGCAGAUGGGGAUGGACGGACUGCACUCUCUGUUGCUGCAUUAUGUGUGCCAUCAACAACUGGAGGACGGGGGCAUGGAGAGGUUGUAAGCAUUCUGCUGGAGAGAGGCGCUAAUCCAGAACAUAAGGACAGAGAUGGAAUGACCCCUUUACUUCUGGCCUCAUACAAAGGGCAUGAGGAAGUGGUGGAACUUCUCUUGGAAGCUGGUGCUGAUGUGGAUGAAAGCUCUGGAGUUCAUUCCUCUGCUGUUACUCCUCUUCUUGCAGCUGCAGCUAUGGGGCAUGCUGGCACAGUUAACCGUAUGCUGUUUUGGGGGGCAGCAGUGGAUGGCAUUGAUGGAGAGGGCCGCACUGCUCUCUGCUUGGCUGCCGCAAAUGGUAGUGUUGAAGUUGUAAGAGCACUGCUGGACCGAGGAUUGGAUGAGAAUCACAAAGAUGACCUGGGCUGGACACCAUUGCAUGCUGCAGCUUGUGAGGGCCACAAAAGUGUGUGUGCAGUAUUGACAGAGCGAGGUAGCAUGGUACGUGUAGGUGAGCUUGAUGUAGAGGGCCGGAGCCCUCUAAUUCUGGCAGCACAAGAAGGGCACUGCAGCACAGUCAGGCUCCUACUGGACCGCAAGGCACCCAUCGAUCAUCGUGCAUAUGAUGGACACUCUGCAAUCAGUGCAGCUGCUUUGCAGGGGCAUAGGGAGAUUGUAGAGCUACUGAUACAUAGAGGGGCUGACACUGAUGUUCGAGAUGCUGAAGGAAGACCUCUUCUUUAUUUGCUAGUUCUGAAGGGCCAUUUAGAUAUGGCAACACUGCUCAUAGAAAAAGGUGGUGUCCCUCUGGAGUCAAGAGAUGUAGAAGGACGAACUGCACUCCAUGUAGCAGCUUGGCAAGGAGACCUGGAGGGUAUCGAGCUGUUGCUGAAAUAUGGAGCUGACACAAAUGCACAAGACCUCGAUGGUCGGCCACCUUUGCACUCUGUGGCAUGGAGGGGUCAUGCAGCUGCUGGUAGGUUGCUCCUUAGGGCAAAGGGUCUCAAUAUUGACCUGGCUUGCAAACAACAGGGUGCCACAGCACUUAGCAUUGCUGCUCAGGAGGGGCAUGCUGAAAUUGUAGCCAUGCUUUUAGAGAGAGGUGCAGAACCAGACCAUGUGGACUGUUAUGGUCGCAGCCCAGUGAAUGUAGCAGGAAAACGUGGUCAUUUUACUAUUGUGCGAAUUCUGGAGAGCUAUGGAGCAAAGCCCUUUACAGGUCUCAUUCCAUUCUCUCCCAGUGAUGCUCCCAACACUUUUUAUCAUUCAUCCACAGUAAAAAGCCAGGUGACCCUGAGCUCAGAAGAGGUGGGUGUCGAUGGAGUUCCAGCCACCACUUCUUCAUCCUCGACCUCAUUUUCUGCCUCCUGUUCUCCAGCUUCCACAGCAGAGCGUUUCCACUCCAUGCCUGCCUCACAGACCUCCUCCUCCACCUGCUACUCCCAUUCCACAGUUCAGACAGUACCUGCCGACAGCCUAAAUUUCAUCCAGCAGAUACAGCAACAUUCACUUCCUUGUUCCCGUAGUCGGCCUUCCACCUUGCUUCAUCCUGGCUCCAAUCCUGCCAGACUUCAGGGCAGAGUUUCAAGGCACAAGCAAAAGGCUGCACCCAAGAGCAGUCCCACACACAAACAGUGCAUCUUAAAUGAACUGCUGGAUGCAGACAAACCCUUAAAAGGACUUGGAUCAUCAGGGGAUGUUGACUUCCUCUUAAAACAUAAAACUCCUUACAUCAUAGAUAAUGUGAUGGAAAAGAGCCUUAAACAGGCUGGAGGAGUAGACCUAAAAUGGAACUCAGUAAUGGCUUCCUUGGGAGUAAUGAUGAACCAAGAUGGCGCAAUUAGACAGACAAAAAUUAGGGAAAGCCCCCCUUUGGGGUAUCCACCUCUUCAUCUCCAAUCUCAUGCACAAAGAGAUGAUUUAUGUAUUCAAAAGACAUCCACAUCUCCAACAAUUGACCUUUUAGCUAUUUCCUCACCUAGUGCCUUACCUGAUAUGUCUGUGUUUAACAUGACAACAACUGACCCCCAGCUGAAUCUCAAACAGGCAAUUAAGCUGCAGUUUGAAGGGCCAACCAGUGCAGUGCUUCACAAGCGGGAAACCCCUCUCUGAGGAGUUGUCAUGUAUGCCAGAUGGAAGCGCAUUGUGCUUUGAGCUGCUAUCUUAAUGAUUUGCACUUGGAAUGUCAGGAAUGCUAAUGACAGCCUCACUCUUUUGUAGGAAAACCUGGGAAUUUAUGACUUCAAGGAGUUGAGGGUUGUGUGGGCAAUCACUGCACUGUGUGUGGGAAGUGUUGAGAAUAGAGGUGGAUGGCAAUGAGAGUCAAACUGACCUCCACCUCUCUCUAAUCCAUUGAGCCUAAAGCGCAAAAAGGAGAGGAGAGACGGAGGUAGCCUGCAGUUCAAAGGAUCAAGCUGUGUACAUUCCAAAGCUUUUCCUCUUCAUCCCGUCACAAUGGAGAGCAGCUGGCACUCUCUCAUACUCACACAUACAAUCACAGGAAAAUAUAUUUACGUUCAGAGGGACACUUAUGGAUAUUUCCUCUGUUGUUAUUGUGCAUUUUCAAAAGUCGCCAUAGUUGUACCCUAGGGAUAUUCAAUUGAAGACAUUACUAAACUGUCAUAGACAGCACAGCUAUUCACUUUUUCAUCGUGAUUCAAUAGUGCCAGGUAAUGGAAAGAAAUUGCACCUUAAUUUUAUAUUGACGAAAAAUGAGAGCUAAUGAGAAUGAGGCCAAAAUUUAAAUAAAUGUAUUUUUAAAUAAAAUUUUAAAAUAAUAAAAAAUACGCCUUUUGGGUGAUGAUAUGUAGAUUGCUCAGACUCACACCUUGGUGUACCCAGGAAUGGACUUGCAGGGUCAAAAGGGCUUCUUUAAAAGCGUAUGGUUACCACCACCAAGUCUAACUGCCACAGUUGCUUUGUGGCUUUGUAUGCCAGAUGUUUUUUGAUGACUUUAUGAUUAUGUGUCUGCAUAUACAGUUGUGCUCAAAAGUUUGAAUACCCUUGGAGAAUUGGUAAUAUAUUUACCAUUUUUUUUUUUUUUUAAAACAUGAGUGAGCAGGCAAAACACAUUUCUUUUAUUUCUUAUGGGAUUCAUAUUCAGCUGUAGGUUAUAACAAAAUGGCACAAUCAUAAAACAAAACACGGCAACAAAGAAAAAAAUGAAAUGACCCCUGUUUAAAAGUCUUCAUACCCUUAGUUCUUAAUACUGUGUAUUGCCCCCUUUAGCAUCAAUGACAGCGUGCAGUCUUUUGUAAUAGUUGUCUAUGAGGCCCCAAAUUCUUGCAGGUGGUAUAGCUGCCCAUUUGAUUUGGCAAAAUGCCUCCAGGUCAUGCAAAGUCUUUGGUCGUCUUGCAUGAACCGCACGUUUGAGAUCUCCCCAGAGUGGCUCGAUGAUAUUAAGGUCAGGAGAUUGUGAUGGUCAGUCCAGAACCUUCACCUUCUUCUACUGUAACCACUGGAGGGUCAACUAGGCCUUGUGCUUAGGGUCAUUGUCAUGCUGGAAAGUCCAAGAGCGUCGCAUGCGCAGCUUUCGUGCAGAAGAAUGCAAAUUGUCUGCCAGUAUUUUCUGAUAACAUGCUGCAUUCAUCUUGCCAUCAAUUUUCACAAGAUUCCCCAUGCCUUUAGAGCUCACAACCCCCCAAAACAUCAGUGAGCCACCACCAUGUUUCACAGUGGGGAUGGUAUUCUUUUCACUAUAUGCCUUGUUGACCCCUCUCCAAACAUAGCGCUUAUGGUUGUGACCAUAAGCUCUAUUUUGGUCUCGUCACUCCAAAUUACAGUGUGCCAGAAGCUGUGAGGCAUGUCAAGGUGUUGUCAUUUGUGGCAUUGACACAGUAAAGGCUUCUUUCUGGCAACUCGACCAUGCAGCUCAUUUUUGUUCAAGUAUUUUCAUAUUGUGCUCCUUGAAACAACCACACCGUCUUUUUCCAGAGCAGCCUGUAUUUCUCCUGAGGUUACCUGUGGGUUUUUCUUUGUAUCCCAAACAAUUCUUCUGGCAGUUGUGGCUGAAAUCUUUCUUGGUCUACCUGACCUUGGCUUGGUAUUAAGAGAUCCCCGAAUUUUCCACUUCUUAAUAAGUGAUUGAACAGUAAUGACUGGCAUUUUCAAGGCUUUGGAUAUCUUUUUAUAUCCUUUUCCAUCUUUAUAAAGUUCCAUUACCUUGUUACGCAGGUCUUUUGACAGUUCUUUUCUGCUCCCCAUGGCUCAGUAUCUAGCCUGCUCAGUGCAUCCACGUGAGAGCUAACAAACUCAUUGACUAUUUAUACACAGACACUAAUUGCAAUUUAAAAAGCAGCAGGUGUGGGAAAUUAACCUUUAAUUGCCAUUUAAACCUGUGUGUGUCACCUUGUGUGUCUGUAACAAGGCCAAACAUUCAAGGAUAUGUAAACUUUUGAUCAGGGCCAUUUGGGUGAUUUCUGUUAUCAUUAUGAUUUAAAAAGGAGCCAAACAACUAUGUGAUGAUAAAUGGCUUCAUAUGGUCACUAUCCUUAAAUAAAAGUUUUUUUUUGCAUGAUCAGUCAUAUUUUCAAAAUCAAUGCCAAAAUUUCACAAUUUCUGCCAGGGUAUGCAAACGUUUGAGCACAACUGUAUGUUACUACCCUUUGGCAGUAUUUCCAUCGUUGGGCUGAAUACUUACCAUUGAUGAAUCUUGGUGUUCUGUACAAUGACAUGGUAAUGGUUUCUUUUUCCAUUAUGGUCCUGAGAAAUUAGGAUUAGAAUGAAAAUAACUGACAAGUGACCAAUCAUGAGUUGCCAUGUCACUAAAGCUGUUUGGCUACAGGGUUCCUCUCUCUUGAAUACGGUUCCGUGCUGAGCAGUCUGUGCGGGGAAUGGUUUAUCAAACUGUACCGAACCAGGUUCUAAUGCUAUUGGUACCGUUACCAUGCUCAAUGAAAGUUAGAUGUUACUGUUUGAUAAGCAAAAAAUAAAAAAUUGAGGAAGGUAUGGGUGAUCUCAUGAAUGCUCAUUAAAGGACAAAUAGAUUUGAGUGGGAGGAUAAAAAUAGGGGUCACAAAAACGAAGGAAGCGAGAUGGGGGAGUGAUGUGAAUUUAACACUACCAUAAGUAAUUUAUAUGUUUAUACUAUUUUGUAUGUAACAUUUUAUUAAGAUGCACUAAUUAAAACAAAAGUUUAUGAUUACA